GAUGGCGUUGGUUCAAUAUUCGGAUUCAGAGUCCGAGGAAGAUGCUUCACAUAGUGAAAUCCCCCCCAGGCCAGCCAAGAGACUGCGGCAAGAAAGCGCUGCCACACCGGUCUCAUCUCUCCCUCCACUUCCGAACGCCUUUCAUGAUCUAUAUGCAUCGAGCACUCGUAUUAGUGUAAAAGAUGAUCCAAGCCUCCAUGGGGGCCGUAAAAGGGCCAUUCCGCACGUUGAAGGAAACUGGCCGACUCAUAUCUAUCUAGAGUGGUAUCCGUCGAAAGGAGAGCUGUCCACCUUAAGCAAUGUUAUUGCGCAGGUGGAGGGAAGCCUUAGAAAAAGUAAAGUGGAGCUCAAUAGCUUGCUGCGUAGUGAUCUUGGCGCACAACUCCCACUGCAUAUCAGCCUCUCAAGGCCGGUAGUUCUUCGGACUGAGCAGAGGCAAUCAUUUUUGGAAACUUUUAAAUCCGCCAUUCAAGAUUCAAACAUACAAGCGUUCAAUACGACAACGGAAGGCUUACACUGUGUGUCCAAUUAUGAAAAGACACGAUGGUUUUAUGUUCUGCGAGUGAAAAAGCCAGAAAAUGACGCCCUCAACUGCCUUCUGAAACUCUCAAAUCGAUCAUUAGCUUUAUUUAGCCAGCCACCGCUCUACGAGGCUUCACCGCAUGCCUUGAAGGCAGAUGCAAGUGCUAGCACCCCUAUGCAAUGGCAGCGAGGUGGUUUUGCAGACUAUUCCCACUGCUUUCACAUCUCUUUGGCUUGGAGCUUGACAGAACCUUCUCCCGAUGAAAGGGACCAAAUCGCGAAUAUAGAGCUUCGAGAACUUAGUGAUUUAAGGGUCUACUUCGACCGCGUGAAGGCGAAGAUUGGCAACAAUAUAACGAGCAUGCCGCUUGCUAGUCUGCUGGGGUAAUUAGUUAGGAAAGAACGGAGAAUUUAUUUCUCCCGUGAUAUGUGAACAUCAUUGAUCGACGCCUUGCAUUAACACUUACAGUGCAGCUCCUGGACGAACAACUGCAGGAUCAGCUGACUAGUCACUAGUCACUGUCCCAGUGAUCCAAGCGCAAAUAAUAAUAAGGAGAAGAUUGGAGGGUAGGGGAAAAAGGCUGCUUGGUUAAGUUCAGAAGUCCACGAUCGGCCGACGAGAAAGAUUCUAUGGAAGGCAUUAUGUAUCCAUCAUGUUAGUACUACUCUCAACCUGCGUGG